GCCGCGGGGGUGGGGGAGCGAGGGACACGUCACCCUCGCACCACCAGGCUGCUUCAGACACACGGGCUGUGCGGCAAGCGACCGUCGCUGUCGCCGUCCCAGCCCCUCGGCAGCGUGCCACGCGUCGAGCACAGGCGCCGAGGCUCUCCCCCAGCAGCUUCCGCAGCAGCCUUGGCUUCCCCUGGGCUCGCCCCAGUGAAGACCACCCUCAGCUGGGAUAGUGGGAAGGAGGGGAUCGUGGGGCAGAGAUGUCAGAAGCCACAAGGCGAAGCCUCCACGUAGGGGCAGGAGCCUCUGCUCAGGCACCGCCCAGCCUCGGGAGCCGUCGCUGACCUUCAGGAAGGGAAGGACUCCCGGGCUCGUCUCUGGCACCCUUCGUGUGUCUGUACAUCGAAGCAAAGGCAGCUUCCUCUUUAAAGGGCUGCGAGCGCCAGGGCUGAGAAGUCAGACAUUCACAGUAAGGAUACUUAAAUGAGCUAAAGGAAAAUGACAGCCUUUGUAGGCAAGCCCAAACCUCAGGAAUGUUUUACCUCUUUCACAAUCUCUCCCCCUUCCUGCAGGAAGUUGAGAAGAAAUAUUUGGUACCACAGGUCAAUGCAGCAGAGAUGAGAAGGAUCCUGGAGAAACUCAAAGAGACUGAAGAGUGGAUAGAGAAGUCGGUGCUGAUCGGUUGUUCAGAUGAGCAUGUACCGCAGUUUGCCCUGGAUUUAGGAGCCAUGGAGAAAUCAGUUAUCGAGUCUGAACUCAAGGGGUCGUUUACUGACUUACGCAAGGCUCUCUUCGUAGUGGAUGGGAAGGACUCUGCUUUACUGGCUUCGGCCCAGUCCCUUCUCCGGUGGCAUGAUUCCCACCAGUACUGUAGCAAAACUGGGCAGCCCACUCAGAAGAACGUAGCUGGCAGCAAGCGUGUGUGCCGUGGCAGCAGAGUAGUCUACUACCCACAGACAUCUCCAGUGGUUAUCACCCUGGUGUCUGAUGGGAGCCGGUGCCUCCUUGCACGCCAGCCCUCCUUUCCCCAGGGGAUGUACAGUGCCCUCUCAGGCUUCUGUGACAUAGGUGAAAACCUGGAGGAGACAGUCCGGCGAGAGGUGGCAGAAGAGGUGGGCCUGGAGGUGGAGUCGCUGUGGUACUCAGCUUCUCAGCACUGGCCGUUCCCCAGCAGCAGCUUAAUGAUAGCUUGCCAUGCCUUGGUGAGAGCACAGCAGGCUGAGAUCAGUGUGGACAGCCUGGAACUAGAGGAAGCCCGUUGGUUUGGCCUGGAAGAAAUCGUUGAGGGUCUCAAGAGACAGCCCAGAUCUUCAAAGGAAGAUGAUGGUAGUGUUUUACCCUGGUUCCCUCCGAAGCAGGCCAUUGCUCACCAGCUGAUUCUGGAGUGGGUAAAGCAGCAGACUUCUCAGCCAGCUUAGGCAUGACUUCAUCAAGUCUGUGAUCCUGCCAGAACUAUAAAAGCUUGAGACAAAAGCUUCCAAAGUUACUGAAGGCAAAGGUUGUAUUGCAGAGGGGACAGUGCCAGACUGUGGCAGUCUUAGGUACACAGACCCAUAAAGCCACUUCUAAACUGAUUGUCCCCAGACAAUUCCAUGUACAGUGGAUCAUCUUUGAGAUCCCGAGACUUGCAGUGAAUGCUUAGUUCCAGAGCAUCAAACUCAGUGUUACCAGCUGCUGCUGCUGCCCAACAAGCCACAGAAUAGUGAGUCCCUGGUACCUAUGUCCCACUCUCCUCCACUGUAUCCAUCUGGAAUGGACAUCAAGCACAUGUUUUUUUCCAGGAACAAAAAUAUUGCAGGUACAGUCAGUGGUACCUUUCAGUGUUCAUAUGGAUCUAGAAGAACUAUCAAAACCCACCAAAACCCUGAAACCCCUCCCACUGCCUGUCUGCUCUGCUCUUCUUCUGUUGCCCUUCCCAUUAAAUUUCCCAGUUUCAUACGAAA